GCCACUUCCGGGAGUCGGGAAGGAAGGUUCCGGGACGCCCCUGGCAACCGUGGUGUUUGGCUGGGUCAUAGCCUGGCCGGUGGGGGACCUGUGGUCGGAGUGGGAGGGGCAGUCCGCACCCAAGAGGUAGAAGAGGACGGGCUUUAGGCUGGAAGCGCCUUAGAGGAGCCAUUUUUCCAGGAUGCCUGGUUUGCUUUUGUGUGAACCGACACAGCUUUACAACAUCCUGAAUCAGGCCACAAAACUCUCCAGAUUAACCGAACCCAACUAUCUCUGUUUAUUUGAUGUACGUUCCAAAUGGGAGUAUGAUGAAAGCCAUGUGAUCACGGCCCUUCGAGUGAAGAAGAAAAAUAACGAGUAUCUUCUCCCGAAGUCUGUGGACCUGGAGUGUGUCAAGUACUGCGUGGUGUAUGAUAACAACACCAGCACCCUGGAGGUACUCUUAAAAGAUGACGAUGAUGAUUCAGACUCUGAUAGUGCUGGCAAAGAUGUGGUGCCUGGAGCAGCCAUUGAGUAUGGCAGAAUCCUGACCCGCCUUACCCGCCACCCUGUCUACAUCCUGAAAGGGGGCUAUGAGCGCUUCUCAGGCACAUACCACUUCCUCCGGACCCAGAAGAUCAUCUGGAUGCCUCAGAGGACCUUUGGCAGUAGGGUCCAGAGUGGACCUGUCUGUGUGCCUGACUGUGUUUUUGCAGGCGAUCCUGACAGGCUUCUGCACAUCCAGAUAGAAGAUUCCCCAGAAGCCCAGAUUCUCCCCUUCUUACGCCACAUGUGUCACUUCAUUGAUGCUCACCGUCACCUUGGCUCUGUCAUUCUGAUCUUUUCCACCCAAGGUAUCAGCCGCAGCUGUGCCGCCAUCAUAGCCUACGUCAUGCAUUGUAACGAGCAGACCUUGCAGAGGUCCUGGGCCUAUGUCAAGAAAUGCAAAAACAACAUGUGUCCAAAUCGGGGAUUGGUGAGUCAGCUGCUGGAAUGGGAGAAGACUAUCCUUGGAGAUUCCGUCACAAACAUCAUGGAUCCGCUCUACUGAUCUUCUCUGCGGCCCAGCGAAGGGUACUGAAGAGCCUCGCUGGGGGGCAUUUUGUGGGUGGAGGGUCACAGUGUGUAUACCCAGGCUUGUCUGGAAGGAGAAGGCCUUUACUGCCUGAAAGUCUCA